AUGGAAGAACUUAAGGAACGGGAACAGGAGUUGAAUGAUGAAAUCGAGAAUGUAGAAAAAGUAAUGACGGUUUAUACAGCACAUAUCGCAAAAUGGUUGGGUGUUAUAGAGAGUUACCCUAGGUCUGUGAAAGAUUUCAUGAAUGAAUAUACAGCAGGAACGAAUAGACUACAUGAAUUGCAAUGCACAGAAAUGCGGCUUAGACAAGAACUGGAGGAGCUAAUGGAAUUGAUAGAAGAGGUAAAAGAAUUGGAGGAGAUGGGAACAGAGGAGGAUGAGAUUGAAGUAGUUGAAGAAGAAGUUGCUACUUUACUGGUACAUCUUCCAAACAAUCAACAUACUACUAUAAGAGUGGAGGAAGGAGUUACCUUAAGACAGGCACUGGCUACAUCUAUGGAACGCCGACAUCUAGAUGUGAAGGACUGUGCAGCAUUUAUAAAACAAAAAAAUAUGUUCACUAUUUCUUGGGAUGCACAGAUUGCAACUUUGCAAUGCAAAGAAAUAUUUGUGGAAACUAUGGAACAAGCUCCUGUUCCAGUUCUCUUUAAACAUAACUUUUUAAGUAACACAGUGACUGUAGGGAUAUGUAAUUAUUGUAGAUCGACUGUCUUAUACGGAUAUAUAUGUACAGAAUGCAAUAGAAGAUAUCAUCCAAAAUGUAUAUAUCAUGCGCCUACUUUAUGCGAACAUGUGAAAAACCGCAGAGCCUAUUAUGAACGGUUAUUAGCUUGCAAUAAAAUGACAGGACUUGUUCAAGUUCCACCGAGACCUGUUCCUGUACCGUCGGUCUCUCGAAAGAGAGAAAAGCUAGAAUGGAGAGAACGAAAUCUUUAUGUCCAUAUGGCGGAUAAGUCAACUCAAGUCUACGCCCUAGAUCUUUAUACAGCAGAGGGUAAGUUAGAUUGGAAACGUGUGAGAAGAUACAGGAAAUUGGUUAAACGAAUGAAGAAAGGCGAAGUCAAUCCGGAAGUGGAUAGCAUCUUUAGCGGAGAAGAUAUUGUAUUUGUAGAAGCUAGGGCUGACGAAAUUGAAAUCGGUGAAGAAGUUGAUGCAGGAACUUUCGGUAAAGUUUUUCACGCCGAAUGGCAUGGGUCUGUUGCUGUAAAGACACUGAAAACCGAGAAACCUACACCUGAACAGGUACAGAACUUUAAACACGAGGUGAAUAUUUUACGUGAACUUACGCAUCCAAAUGUCUUAGCACUAAUGGGAGUCAUUUGCAAACCUUUUCUUGCAAUCGUUACACAAUGGUGCGAUACAACUCUGUACGAGCGCUUGUACGAGUCAGAAGAAAAACUAGCAAUGUGUGUAAUAACCAUAAUUUUACGACAACUCGCAAGAGGAUUGGGUUAUCUACAUUCACAAGGUGUUAUACAUCGAGAUUUGAAGAGUAAGAAUAUAUUUCUCCACCGAGGGCUUCACACGAAGAUCGGUGACUUUGGACUUGCACUUGUAUUGAGAGACGAAGUAAAAGAGAAAAAGGAGACUUGGUUGGAGAGGGUUGAAAGGUUGAAAAAGAUUCUGUAUUGGCGAGAGUAUGAAAAAGAAAAGAAGAAAAAGGAAAAAGAUACCAAGCGCGAAGAGGAGUUAAGGAGACAUGAACGACUGCUAGCCGGGUCUGUUCCAUGGAUGGCUCCGGAGGUGCUAAGAAUGAAAUUCGACGAAAAUCCAUAUAGUUUUGCAAGUGACACUUAUUCAUAUGGUAUUGUAAUGUACGAAUUAUUUACUCAGGUCUUCCCAUAUGGCCCUAAAACUGACAAGCUAUUUAUUUUAUAUAACGUAGGACGUGGUGCAUUGCACCCUGAUUUGACACUACUGCGUCGUGAUAUACCUAAGGACCUCAGAAAUCUUAUGGAAGAAUGCAUUUCGUAUGACAAAGAAAUGCGACCAUUGACCGAUGAAAUCAUAAAGCGAACGAACGAAGCUUAUUAUUAUAUACCGAAGAUAAAAAGAACCACUUCUUUACCAGCGUACCUUGAUGUUUUGCCAGAUACUUAUUAUGAAAGAGCUCUUGAUAAUCAAUAUUAUAUUUUUUCUGACUCUGAUAGUUUCGUUGAAUUAAGUGACUCAGAGAAUAGUUCAUUAAUUAAAUUUAUUGACGAUGAUGACACUGACACGCUAUCACCGCAUACUGUCUCGGCCUCUCUAAUUGACCAAUUAGCUAAAGAAGGAGAAGAAGAAGAAAAAAGCGUUUUAUCCUAAAAUUCUGAAAACAAAAAAUUAUUUCCAUAGUCCUACUAUGUCUUACCUUUUAGUGAUUGGUCGAUAGAGGAAGGAGAGUAAGCUUUUUCUUAUGAAGAACUGUAUUUACCUUCUUUUGAAAUACCGAUAUUCACAAGAAGAGAAAGCUUACUCUGUAUUUAUCUUCUCUUUUUCUCAGAGGUAGAUAUAUCUCCAACGAGGUAGAAUAUAUCUCCGAAUUAGAGAAGAUAAGCCUAUUAAAGAUUCCUUUCUUUUUCUAUAGCAAGUACAUAUGACCGAAAUGCCUCUAAUAAAUAUGCAUUUCGAUCACAUUGUACAUCAUAUGUAGUAUUUUUAUUUUUACAGCAGGUUUUUAUUAUAGGUUUUUUUUAGAUUUAGUACCACAGGUUGCUAACAAGCUUUUUUGUUUUAGAGAAAAUGUUUGUAAAGAAGUAAUCUUUGUAAAUUAUGUAAAUGUAUAUAUAUGUAUAUGUGAUGUAGCGUUUAUCGAUUUUGUGUAAACUUUAUAAACAGAGCUCUGGAUCGAAUUGCAUCUUAAAUUAUUUAUUAACUGUAUUUCAAAAUGAUUAUUUCUUUACUAAAUUUAACCAUAAAAUUUAUAUGCAUUCGUAAAUUUUGAUUAUUUUCAAAUUUGUGGUCAGUGUUCGGUAUCUUUCAGUUACAUUAUUGGUCCGUCUUGGUCUACGAAAUUGAAAAUAGGAUUGGUAUCAUUCGAUUUACUCAGAAACAGCUAUAUAAAUAUUUAAAUCAAUAAUAAAUGCAACUUAACCAAUAUGUGAAUCACGAGUAAAUAGAGAGACGUAGCAUACACAUAUGUAAAAUUUCUAGUAAUUGAAUUGAAAUAUCAUUCCGGUUCAGAUCUCUACUUAGAAAUAAUGUAAAUCUGUAAGUUAUAAGAAUGAAACGACAUUAAAGUCGUACUGGCCGUUAACUUAUCUGCGGGAUAUUUUUCCAAAGGCUGAUGUGAUUUUUAUAUCUGAUUUUAUCUUGAAUAUACUCACAUUUUAUUCUCCUUUUAUUUCCUAAAAUGUAUAGUAUAUACAUAUUUAUUCAGUCAAGCAGAGCAGUGAUCUGGUAAUAUUAGUACAACGAUAAGUUUUCCGGCCGGUAUUCUGUUCUGCUUUUUCCGAAUGGCCUAAGAUAACUAUAUUAUUUGUCAAUAGCACGUGUAUUAUAUUAGUAAAAUUUAACAAAAUGAUUAAUUUUAUAUAUAUUUCAUAAAACUUUUUAUGACAUUUUUACCAUAGAUCUUGUAUAUUUAAAUUUAAAGUAACUUAAAUCUUACGCCACCGGUUUAAACCUAAGUUUGAUUAAUAAAACUAUUAAGACUAUAAUAUAAUGUGUCAAUAAUAAAUAUACAUUUAAUUGAUGUAAAACAAAAUGUUUGUGCUUUUAUAUAUUACAACAGUAUUCGAAUAUCUACGAUGUGAGAUGUAAAAGCCUCUAAUGAAAAUUACAUGCAAAAUAUAGUAUAAUGUAAUUGUUAGCAUUGGAAAAUUAUUGCUGUGUCAUGUUUAAAAUUUAUAUCAUUCUAUUAGAAGAGUAAAAACAAAAAGUUAAAAAAUAUAUUUUGUGUAUAU